AUGAAUUUUGCUUUAAAAUCUGAAGGUACUUUAAAAAGCAAAUAUAAUGUAACUUUUGGGCAAUGUUUGGAAUGUGCAAAAGAACAAAGAAGCAUGGGAUGGUGUGAAAAAUGCGAGUCUAAUGCCUUUAAAGCAAAUUUUAAAAAUUGGACAAGCGGCAAUCUUGUCAUUGAUGACUUAAUUCGGCAUACUCAAUUAAACACAAGUGGAAGUGUAGAUUACUUGGAAUAUAUUGAAUUUGAGCAAUUCGACCUUGUUGAAUAUAAAAACAAGUCCGGUGCCUUUAGUACAAUUUAUUCAGCAAUUUGGUUAGAAGGUCCUCGACGUAUCUGGGAUCAUCACGCCGGACUAUGGACACGUAAUGGACCCAUCAAAGUCGCUCUUAAAAGACUUAACGAUUCACAGAACAUAAGUAAGGAAUAUUUGAAUCAACUUUAUGAAUAUCAUCAUUGCCUACAAAUUGGAAGUAUCGUAGAUUAUUUUGGAAUAACUAAGGAUCCUACUUCGAAUUAUAUGUUUGUUAUGAGUUACUAUGAAAAUGAUUUAUAUUCAUAUCUUGAUGAAGCACAGGGGACUAUUUGUUGGAGAGAUACAGUUGAAAUGCUUUGGGAAAUAUCUGGAGGAAUUGAGUAUAUCCAUGAAAAUGGGUUAAUUCAUGGUAACCUUCAUGGAGACUUUGUUCUAACUUCAGAAGAAUUGAAAUGCCCAACUUCUGGAAAAUGUUAUUGUGGUAAGGAACAAAGCA